UUCACUUUCCCUUUCCAUCCUCCUCCCCCAAGUUGUAAAGUUCAUUUCCACCAUUCUGUCUUUUGAGUAUCUCUGCUGCAUUUCUGUUUUUUAAGGAAUGUAGUGCUCUAAAUUCUGUUUUUGUAAUUUCAGUUGUAUUCUUGGAGUCUUUUGCUGUUAGCUUGAGAUUGAAGUAUUUUUUAGGACAGUCUGUUACCUGUAAAAGCCAGUUCUAGCCACCACUCAGUUAAAUGCACUUCAGAAUGUUGUUGCCAAGUAUAAUACCUUUUGUAAGUGUUUGAGCUAUUUGUUCUCAGCUGUGAUUUAUUAGUGAAUCUGUGUCCUCAUGGCAGCUCCUUAGGGAGGUACACAGGACAAAGCCAGAGAGCAAGUGGGUGCAAUGUUCCUUGUCUAUAAAGAAAAAAAACAAAAUCCUUUUUUUUUUUUGAGAUAUUCUCUAAUAGGCUCUUUGGGACAUAGAUUCAGUGUCUAUUGAAUUUCAGAGUACCACCUCUGACCCCACUGUUUAAGUAAUCUGACUGAAGGUCCUUUGCUUUGCUUUUCCUUAUGAAGAGCAAGCAGUACUGCCACCUUGUUGCCAAAGUUGUGUCUGAUUUGAAUGUGCUUAAAAAGCAAGCAAUUGCCUGCUGUGAGAAAAAGCUUAAUCUUUCUCUUUGUCAGUGCUUGCAAAACCAACUUAAAAGAAGUUAGUAUUAUUGGACUGACUUCAGUAAUCAGCAUAAUCAUGGUGCUAUGUAUUGUUCACCAAGGCACGCCCCUUGGCCAAAUUUCCCAUUAAGAGGACACCAAUGUUGUCCUAGUGAAUAAAUCCCAGCACACAUGAUGCAAACCAGCAUGUUCCUGCCUGCUGCUCGGCUGCAGUUAAUUUUAGCCAGGGUUUGUUCUAUGAGUUGUAGAACUGUUACCCAAGUAGAAGUUAGUAAGCUGAAAUGUGACUUCUGGGCUUAAUGUGAUAGGUUAUCUAUUUUAGACUUCAAAUUGUGCUUAUGAUCGGGAGAGCAGACUUCUGAAGAAUUGUGGUUCACAUUUCCUUUAAAACUACUUGAGACAACAUCACAGCUUUCCCAGUCUUGAGAGAAAAAAUAUGGAAUGUGUUUUACCGCUGACUGAACACAACCAAAUGAACUGUACUGACAGUAGUUUGAAAACCAACAGUUAGCAGUUUGUUCCAGCUCCAACAUUGCCUGGCACUUUCCAGAGCAAACUCACUGUUUACAAGAACUCUCAGUGUUACAAACUCAUUAACCUCAAGCUUUGUUUAUUUAAAAUAUUUCUGUGAAAGAAAAGUCCUUGGUGUUCAUCUUCCAGAAUGGCUAUGAAUGAAUAUUUGUGGAUGGUCAUUUUGGGUUUUAUUAUAGCUUUCAUCUUGGCAUUUUCUGUUGGUGCAAAUGAUGUUGCCAAUUCCUUCGGUACUGCCGUGGGCUCUGGUGUGGUGACCUUAAGACAGGCGUGCAUUCUGGCUUCAAUAUUUGAAACUAUUGGCUCUGUGCUACUGGGAGCCAAAGUAGGAGAGACAAUCCGGAAAGGCAUCAUUGAUGUGAACCUGUACAACGAGACAAUAGAAACACUUAUGGCUGGGGAAGUGAGUGCCAUGGUUGGUUCAGCCGUUUGGCAGCUAAUUGCAUCCUUCCUGAGACUUCCAAUUUCAGGAACGCACUGUAUUGUUGGCUCAACUAUAGGAUUCUCACUUGUUGCAAUUGGUACCAAGGGUGUGCAGUGGAUGGAGCUUGUCAAGAUUGUUGCUUCUUGGUUUAUAUCUCCACUGUUGUCUGGUUUCAUGUCUGGCGUGCUGUUUGUACUGAUCAGAAUGUUCAUCUUAAAAAAGGAGGACCCGGUUCCCAAUGGUCUCCGAGCACUUCCUCUGUUCUAUGCUGCUACAAUAGCAAUAAAUGUUUUUUCCAUCAUGUACACAGGAGCACCAGUGCUGGGCCUGAGUCUCCCUGUGUGGGCCAUAGUGCUCAUUUCCUUCGGUGUGGCUCUGCUGUUCGCCCUCUUGGUGUGGCUCUUUGUAUGUCCAUGGAUGCGGAGGAAAAUAGCAGGCAAAUUACAGAAAGAAGGUGGUUUAUCACGAGUAUCUGACGAAAGCCUCAGUAAAGUCCAAGAAGUGGAAUCUCCGGUCUUUAGGGAGCUUCCAGGUGCCAAGGCCAAUGACGACAGCACUGUCCCUCUCACGGGGCCACCUGGGGAGACCGUGGGGGCCUCAGAGGGCACGUCUUCUGGGAACCACCCACGAGCCUCCUAUGGAAGGGCACUGUCCAUGACACCCAGCUCCGCAAAGUCUCCCAUCUCCAAUGGAACGUUCGGCUUUGACAGCCACACAAGGAGUGACGGCCACGUCUACCACACGGUGCACAAAGACUCUGGGCUCUACAAGGACUUGCUGCACAAGAUCCACGUGGAUCGGGGCUCUGAGGAGAAGCCAGCCCCCGAGAACAACUACCGGCUGCUACGGCGCAACAACAGCUACACCUGCUACACUGCGGCCAUCUGUGGGAUGCCCGUGCAUGCCACUUUCAAGGCAGCUGACUCAGCCUCGGCCCCUGAGGACAGUGAGAAGCUGGUGGGGGACACUGUGGCCUAUUCUAAGAAGAGACUUCGUUAUGACAGCUACUCCAGCUACUGCAACGCGGUAGCAGAAGCAGAGAUUGAGGCCGAGGAAGGCGGUGUGGAGAUGAAGCUGGCAUCAGAGCUUCCAGACCCCGAUCAGCCUCGAGAGGACCCUGCAGAGGAGGAACAGGAGAAGGAUGCGGCUGAGGUUCAUCUGCUGUUCCAUUUUCUGCAAGUCCUCACAGCCUGCUUUGGGUCCUUCGCACAUGGCGGCAAUGACGUGAGUAAUGCCAUUGGUCCCCUGGUGGCAUUGUGGCUGAUUUAUGAACAAGGUCAAGUAAUGCAAGAAGCGGGCACUCCUGUCUGGCUGCUGUUUUAUGGUGGAGCUGGGAUUUGCACAGGCCUCUGGGUGUGGGGGAGAAGAGUGAUCCAGACCAUGGGGAAGGACCUCACUCCCAUCACACCAUCCAGUGGCUUCACCAUCGAGCUGGCCUCAGCCUUCACCGUGGUGAUCGCCUCCAACAUCGGGCUUCCUGUGAGCACCACACACUGCAAGGUGGGCUCAGUGGUGGCUGUGGGCUGGAUCCGCUCCCGGAAGGCCGUCGACUGGCACCUCUUCCGGAACAUCUUUGUGGCCUGGUUUGUGACAGUCCCUGUGGCGGGGUUGUUCAGUGCUGCUGUCAUGGCACUUCUCCUGUAUGGGGUCCUUCCAUAUGUGCCAAAGCGGUAGAUGGUCUAGCAUGGGUGUGUGGGAGAUACGUGCCCUGACAUCUCUCUGUUCUUUCUCACACACAUAUACGCACGUGUGUGCGCACGCUCACAUGCAUGGCUGUCUCCUCUUCAGCCCUGCACAUCUCUUUCAGAUGGCCCCACGCCACACUGCUCACCCAGGCUGCAGAGGUUCAUCUUCCAGAGCUAACUUAACUACUGUACAUAGUAGUAUGUAUUAAACUGGUAUCGUGGUGAUAUAAUGUGGUGCACUUACUCAUAUAUUAAAUAUAUAUUAUAUAUACCAAAUAGGUAGCAUUAUCUCAAACAUACUCAAGAUGGGAGUGGAGACUAUUGCCUAGAAUUCAAUAUUCAAUAAAUCUUGUACAUAAUGACUGCAGUGGCAGGUGUUAAAAACAUUUUUGAAGCGAAGCAUAGAUUGGAAAAUAAUUUUUUCCAACUGUUAUUUCCCCCUUCUUCUAUACUGUAACACAGUAGGCUAGCAGAUCCAGGAUACACAGUCUGACUGUUGUACACAGGCCUGCGUGUACCGCACAAAACUGGGCCAGGAGUUCACAAGUGCUUUCACAGCAGAACGUGUUCCUUAGUGCAAAUGGGUUACUGUAUAUCAUACUUGCUUGUGUAAAUACUUAAAACUGUAAUUUUUAAUGAUGUGCUUCCCUUAGACAUUUUUGAUCAGAGAAUUUUGGAAGUACCAAAGAAGCAGGGGAAUCGUUUGCCAGUAUUACGUUUCUUAUUGUCUUGCCUCCCUUGUCACUCAUCGCCCCCAUUUGCCUGGGUUUGGAAGACCAGCCAAGCUCCAACCUGCCAAGAGCAGAGGGUGUGGCUGAGCACCAGCUGCCCGCCAUGUUCACGUUCCCACCUCAUCUGCAGCCCCCCUGCUGCCAUAUACCAGAUGCCAGUCAGCACUACAGUGGCCUUUCACUGUCACCAGCAUGGAGAAUGUACAGGCUCAGGGUGAGGGCUAAGCACUACAUAUCAAGUCCCAGUGAAACUUCCAACCCUGCUCUCCCAUGCAGUCUGAAGAGUUCUUGUCUCAAACAUUAAAGCCAGUGAGGCCUUUUGUGUGCUUUGGUGUUCUAGAAAUUUGGGUGCUGGGGAAUUCAAAAUACACAGGGUUUGAGUUCCUUGGGGCCUUUACGCAAUAGAACAUCCUGAGCGCUCAUGGGAACCACUGGUUCUCUGUUGCCAGUAAGAGGGAGGAAGUAGGACUAAUGUUAGAGCCUGACACUUUGGAAAUGCUGCUAAAAUUUUUAUAUUGACAAACAUUUUCUUGGUACUUCAUUGUGAUUUUUUCAUUAAUCAACCAUAAUAAAUUUAUAAUAAAAAGUACCCCUCAAAAA